GUAUCUUGCAACCCUUCUUAUAUAUAUAACCUUACAAAUCCAUACCCAAAAACCAAUCUAAAAUGGCUUUCUCUAAGCUUAGAAGCUCCUUUUCCUUCCCAAAUCUUCUCCUGUCAUCCUUGAACUUCAUCCUCUUUAUCCUCUCUGCAGCCUCUCUUGCUCCCAUUAUCCUCCUCAAAAUGCCACCAACUUCACUGGGUGUAGCCUUCCUCAUGGUCUCCUCCAUCUCCCUUCUUUCCUCCUUCUUGGGCUUCUACUCUCAGCUCACCCACUUCUGCUUCAUAACCCAUAUUUCACUCCUCAUCGCCUCCUUGAUAGGCCAAGUUUUAAGCGUACUGUCGUUGUUUACAAGAGAGAAAGCUAGUCUCUCGAUGCUGAAAUCUCCGCGGGACAUUAAAGAGGCAAAGGUGCUGGUGAGAUUGGAAUGUGGGAUUUUGAUGGCGAUGUUGGUGAUGCAAUUGAUGGUGUUAGCGGUGAGCUGCACGGUCCAUCACUGUUGGGUGAAGGAAUAUGAGGGGUUAGAAGCUGAGAGAGAGGCGACUGCGAAGAAAAGGAGCAGGAGGUUAGCGAGGGUGCAAGAGGAAUCCAUGGCGAAUGCUGCCAGGAUUGCGGAGAUUAAAGCCAAGGAGUUGGAUGAGAAGACGAAGAGCAAGUACCGUCAGUGGGUGAAAACUGAUUUUGAGGGCUAAGGCAUGAGGAAAACAACCUAGUUGUGGGUUUCUUGUUGGGGUCACUGCUGUGGUGGCCAUUGGAUUUGUCUCACUUUUAUCGCCAUGGUUUCUGAUUUAUGUGUAAUGUAGUUUUUCUUAUGUAAUAUGUAUAAUAUGAUGAAGCCUCCCACUUUACCUUGAUGAUUCUUCAAUGUUUUUUGGUUUUGUUUUUCACCCUACUUCACAUAUUUUACUACCCAAUUAAAAUUUUAGUAUUACCGUUGUUCCGUCAA